UCGGUUUCUCUCUGUUUAGUCUAUGAAUGAUUUCAUUCAUUUCUUUCGCUUUCGUUUUAAUUGAAAGUUUACCCAGAUAACUAGAAAAGUAUUAAAAUAAGGUGAUUUUGUUAACAAAAGGGUAGAUUUAUUGUUCCAAUAUGGCUGAUAGUGAUGAUGAAUACGAUCGGAAAAGACGCGAUAAGUUUCGCGGUGAGCGGGGCACCGCAGAAGGAAGCAGUUACCGUAGCAGUGACCGACGCGAAGAAAGGAGUCGUGGUCGAGAAGACUGGUCCGAGAGGUCUCGUGGAGGUAGAUCCGGCCCUGAUUACAGGGAUUAUCGAGGUGGAGCAAGUGCUAGCCGAGGAUACUCUCCAGUCAGGGGUGAAGGUCCACCCAGCAAGCGCAUCAGACCUGACUGGCCUAUUGAUGACAGGAGAUAUGGGGGCAUGCCACAUGACUCAUAUGGGUAUGGCUGGCCUCAUGAUCACUUCAGCCCUCAUCCUGCACAUCAAGGCUAUGGCCAGCCUAUGGCACCAGUACCUGCAAGGGAUACUGUUCUGCCACUGGGAGCAACAGAUGGCCCUCCAACUAUGAUGUCAUUCAAGGCAUUCCUUGCAGCCCAAGAUGACUCCAUCACCGUUGAUGAUGCUAUUCAGAAGUACAAUGAAUACAAGCUGGAGUUUAGGAGACAACAGCUAAAUGAGUUUUUUGUUGCUCAUAAAGAUGAGGAAUGGUUCAAGAUCAAAUACCACCCUGAAGAGUCUGUAAAACGAAAAGAGGAGCAGCUUGGUGCAUUGAAGAAUCGGCUCAAUGUGUUUCUCGAGUUACUGGAGAAAGGUGAACUAGACAAGGUCUCUGUAGAUAUUGACAAGUCUGACAAACUGAUAAGACUUCUGGAUACUGUUGUCAUUAAACUUGAGGGUGGCACUGAAGAAGAUUUAAAGGAGCUGGAUGAACCCCCACCACAGGACAAUGUUACAACUAAUGACAAAGCAGAUAAAUUAGAUCCUGACAAGCCAGUUAUUAUUGAUGAUGAUGAUGUCAAAAUUAAGGAGGAGAAGGAUGAUAAUGAUAAGAAAGAAGAGAAAAAGCCAGAGUCGCCGAAACCCACAGCGCCACUUACAAUGGAGAUUGAUCCCCAUUUGCGUCAACUUCAGGAGCAAGCGAAGUUGUUCUCCCGCUUCAACUCUACCGGUACUGAGGGGGAGCCCGAAGAAAAGGAAAAGGAGAAAGAGAAGGAACCUCCACCGCCAGGCUCUUCAUCAAGUUCCUCGUCAUCUAGCUCUUCAUCAUCAAGUUCAGAAGACGAAGGCGAAGCAACCACUCGACGUAAAUCCAAGUCCAAAUCUAAAACACCUGACAAAUCCCCCAAACUGAAGGAAAAGUCCAAGUCAAAGUCUCCGAGCGUGGAGAAAAUUUCUGAAAACAACAAUGAAAUUGACAAAGAAAAAGAUAAAAGUGGCGAUGAGAAAGCAGAGUCCGUCAGUGACGUCGUUAUGGAGAAGAAGGAAACUCGCGCGUUACACAAAACUACUUCCAUAUUCUUGAGGAAUUUAGCUCCAACUAUUACUAAGGCUGAAGUUGAAGCUAUGUGCAAACGCUACGGUGGCUUCCUUCGCGUGGCACUGGCUGACCCGCUCCCAGAGCGCCGCUGGUUCCGUCGCGGCUGGGUCACCUUCCGUCGUGACGUCAACAUCAAAGAUAUUUGUUGGAACCUUAAUAAUAUCAGGCUCCGCGAAUGUGAGCUGGGUGCUAUAGUGAACCGCGACCUGCAGCGUCGCAUCCGGCCGGUGUCGGGCAUCACGCUGGAGCGGCCGGUGCUGCGCGCGGACGCGCGGCUGGCGGCGCGGCUCGCGCACCUGCUCGACACGCGCACCAAGCUCUGGCACGACAGCUCUGAUGAACAAGCUAAUGAUGGCGAUCAAGGCAACAGGACUGAGAGCUUUAGUUUGAACUCAAAGAACCCGGUGCUUCACAAGAUAACGGAACAUUUAAUAGAAGAAGCGUCGACUGAAGAGGAAGAGUUAUUAGGACUUGAAGCUUCGUCCGAGUCUGUCUCCUCUGAACAACCGGACCCGGAGCUCAUGAAGGUGCUAGAUCGGCUGGUGCUAUACUUGCGUAUUGUUCACUCUGUGGAUUACUACAACCAUUGCGAGUAUCCUUACGAAGAUGAAAUGCCUAAUCGCUGCGGUAUCAUGCACGCGAGGUCUGGACCUCCUGCUAACAAGCCAACACAGCAGGAGAUACAAGACUACGUGAAAACAUUUGAAGGCAAGAUGUCGGCAUUCUUGCAAGACGUGAAACCACUUUCUGACGAAGAGUUGCAAAAACUUGGAAUUAAGGAUACGGACGCCGAAGUCGAGAAGUUCAUUCUGGCCAACACACAAGAGUUGGCAAAGGACAAAUGGUUGUGUCCCCUCAGUGGCAAGAAGUUCAAAGGUCCCGACUUCAUCAGAAAACAUAUAUUCAACAAGCAUGGUGAAAAGGUGGACGAGGUGCGUCGCGAGGUGGCGUACUUCAACGCGUACGUGCGCGACGUGCGGCGGCCGCAGCAGCCCGAGCCCGCCGCCCGCGCCGCGCCGCAGCCCGCGCACCCGCCGCCGCCCGCACCCAGGUACGGCGGUGGGCCGGGGGGCCCGGGCGGGCCGGGCGGCGCGCGCGGCUGGGGCUGGGGCGCGUGGGCGCCGCCCGCCGCCUAUGCGCCCCGGCACCCGCGCUUCAGCAGGCCCAGGGAAAAUGUGGACCGGUCCCGGCCUAUUAUUGCAUACAACGAUCUUGACUUCCCGGACAGCGGUGACAUAUUCUAAACAUGUGUGUAGAUAACAGAGUAUAAUAAUUGUCUAUAGAUUUUAUUGUUAUUGUAAGCAUUCCGUUGUCUGAUCAUUUGAUUAGUGAAUAAGCUGAUACAUACAUGUAUAGAGUCAAAUUCUCUUUCGAUUUCAAUACAAUUUUGUAUAAUAUUUUUUGAACCUUGACGGUUUUACUUGUAACGAGUCCAAGUAACCUAUUCAAUGCGUAGUAAAAUGAUACUUUAAACAAAUAUUAAUCCAAAAUAAAUUGUAAUUAUCCAUACAUUCAAGACUAUACUUUUUUGAAAUUAGUCUAAUAUAAACCUUUAAAACUUACACGGUUAAAUAAAUAUGUUAACUGUAUUUUUCUGAAGGGAUUACCUAUUUAUGUUUACAAUGUCAACUUCUACCACCAUAUUUAUUGUAUGUUUUUUAAUAAACUGUCCAAAAUUCUAA